CCCCCCCCACGCGCACGCGCGCAUGCGCCGUGUCCUCCUGCGCGUCCGGGCUCCCACUCUCGCUUCCCGCGGUGCUCGGGGAAACCAUGACGGAUCCUCGCGUGAGGCAGAUGAAGAUCAAGACCGGCGUGGUGAAGCGAUUGGUCAAAGAAAAAGUGAUGUACGAAAAUGAAGCAAAACAACAAGAAGAAAAAAUUGAGAAAAUGAAAGCUGAAGACAGCGAAAAUUAUGCCAUUAAAAAGCAGGCCGAGAUCCUGCAGGAGUCCCGGAUGAUGAUUCCAGACUGCCAGCGCAGGCUGGAAGCCGCGCACGCCGACCUUCUGCAGAUACUCGAGAGUGAAAAAGACUUGGAAGAAACUGAAGAGUAUAAGGAAGCACGUGUCGUCCUGGAUUCAGUGAAGUUAGAAGCCUGAAGCUUUUCUCUGCAGGGUGUUUUCUGCAUUAAGUCCUGGGAUCCAUUCCACAGUUCAUGAUUUUUGACCACUGCUGUAUGCUCAAGUAGAGACUAAGAAUGAUUUUUUUUUUUUUUUUGCAAUUGCAUAUAUUUUUUCUUUUCCUAAUUUAAUGUGUCAAAUAAAUCAGAGUCCAUGUAAUAAAAUUGUUUAUUUCAUAUUGUUUAAAGUAAGUAACGUUUUAUUUGACUGAUAAUUAAAUCUGUUGGAUCCUA